CAAAUAUGAGAAUUCCAGAAUAAAAACUGAGGCAUUGCAAGUGUAUCUUAAUAAACUGACAAAUUGAACAGUUAAUAUAUUGCAUGAGUGUUGCUUGUGUACUUUUGUUUUCUUCCACACUUUUCCCUUCCACUCAAAGAUCAGUUUUUAUGUGGACAUUCUGUUAGGAUGGGAUUUGUGUUUAUUAAAAAGCAUCAAAUCUUUGAAAUCUAAAUUUAAGCUGCUUUAGGGCGAGUUUGUCGGACCUAUGUGAUGCUUUCACGCAUGGGAAAAUGCCGAGUCAGAUUUAUUCCUGUUCUUGUGUUGUGUGCAGCAAGUAUAUGACAUUACACAAUUGGCGCCAGCUGUAAUCUGGGAGGGAAACGAUGCAUGCUUAGCGAUGAGAGAUAAAGGUCCCAAGAAAAAUGACAGGACAGAAAUCAGAGAAGCAGCCAAGAAGCCCAUAGUAACUUUGGGGGAGCUGCGAAGGCCCACAGCUCAGCUGGGAGAGUCGAGAAAACUACUAGCUGUGCAAUACAAAACUGGGGAAUUUAUGGAAGAGCAGCAGGAUUUUUUUUUUUAAUGGCCAUGUAAGAGGCUGUUCAGAUGGAACCAAAAAUGAAUAUUUUGGCCUACACGCAAGACAUAAUUUGUAAAAGAAAACACGGCAUCCCCACAGGAAACACUGUGGUGACAACACCAUGUAGUAGGGGAUGUUUCCCUCAGAAGCCACGGUGAUGCUGGUUUUAAAUGUGCAAAACUGGAAGAAACGCACCAAAGAAGAGCUGCAAGGGAAAGUACAAGGGAAGGCUGAUGACCCAGAGAAAUCAAUAUAUGUUCAUGUCAUGUUUUUGGAUUAUUUAUUUUGUUUUGUCUUGUUUUUGUUAAAAAAAAAAAAAAAUCAAAUAAAUAAACAGUUGUAGUGUCUUUACAUUUCCACAAUUACACAGUACCUUGUGUUUUGCAAUCACAUAGAGUUUCAUUAAAAAUGUUGAGGUUUUUGUGUUUAUUACCAGCCAUAUUGUUUCAGAAGAAAUCAACUUUUUAAAGGUUGUUGCAUACGGGAUUAAUACUGAAAUUUUUUGAAACUACCAGCUGUCCUCAGAAAUCCCUCCGAUUAGACUAAUUAAAUAAAUUUGUGUUUAGAACUUGUUCAUAUUCUACAAUAAUUAAAAGUGAACUUUUUCUAACAUCCCUGUGUGGGAAGGAAGUGUUUUUAAAUAAACUCUAUAGAAACUCAUAAAAGUCCUUUUAUUGAACAGAGUUGAAAAUGUAUAUCUUAGCUUCUGACCACAAUGAUGAAUAAGAUCUAGAUUGUGUCAUUUGAGUCCCCUUACGUCAAAACGUCAGAUGUAUUUAAAUUCAUUAUGCUAAUUUUGUUGAGUCCAAAAUGUUUCCUUUUUUCUUUUUUACUCUGUGGGCUUACCAAUAUCCAGAACCCUUUGGAAUAUAACUUACCUCACAGGGGAAGACUGGAUGUCCAUUAAACAGCAGAGUAGAAAUUAUUAGAAAACUAUGAAGAUGUUGUGUUUGAAAAGAUUUCCCAGUUGUAUUUUAGGGCUGAAAAUAACUUUGGGAUUUCCUUGAUUCCUUUGAGGGUGUGGGUGUUUGAGAUGAAUGGUUUUCCCAGGGCCAGAUUUACAAGGUUGUGGGCCUGUGGGCUGGAAACUGUUUUGGUGCCCUAUUUAUUAAAUAAUAGUGCCAACGCUAAUGGAAAUCACAGUACAUUACAUACAUAACCAGGUAUAAACCGAUGAUACCAACUGAUGAUGGUAUGUCCUUUGCCCAGUAGCUCAGUUUUGUUCCACAAAAUAAAAACAUAAAAAUCACUAUAACGUUAUAAUUUUGAAAUAUUUCAGUGUUGUUUAUAUUCAUAAAAAUCCCAAAAUAUGCUUACAACUCACCUGAUAGAGCCUAUGACUCUUAUAUGAAGUAUAAAGUUUGUAAAACACAAAUUCAGAAAAAAAAAGAAAGAAAUUAUUUAACCCUGUAAGUCUUUUAUAAAGUCUGACCCAGGGUUUUCCAACGAUUAGAUUAACAACAAUUCUUAUUAUUUUUAAUAAUUAUAAUAACGUAUCAACCAAAUGUAUUUAUUUUUGUUUAGUGUGUCCUCUUAAUGGGUCAAGCAACAAUUACAAAAAAAAACAAAACAGCAAUAGUAAAAAUGUAUAGUUUCUGGGUUUCCACCGCGUACUCACUUUGAGGACAAUCCUCAUUAAAAUAUCUCAUUAUGAAUAGUCACAGUUAUGCAAACUUGUCGUAUGGAGGCAGUCCAGUUGGAAAAUCCCUGGCCUCUGCAGGAUAUAAAAUGAGGGCCCGUCUCCAGGACGGGGCAUCUCAUUCAGGGUCCGACAGCAACGAGGAAACCCACUCAGAGCUUCCCAGCAGCGCGUCAUGUACUCCAAAUUCAGUAAGUCAUUUGCAGCCGGAACUGCUGCGAGCAGCUUCCUGUAUGUGGGCCUCUUCUCUUCCUCUUUUCAUUCAUUCAUUCAUUCAUGGUUUAACUCUCCGGCUCUCAGAUCUACGACUGCUCGCCGCCCUGAUGCUGGCAGCAGCCCUGCCUCUCUGCGUCCCUGGAGCUCCUCUGGAAGGAGCCGUCACCGACCUCCCUCCAGAAGAGAGCUCAAGCGAGGGAGAGAAGGAGGUCCAGGCGAAGCCGUGCCCGAUUGAUCCUUUUAAUAUCACGGAGACUUUGGUGCAGAUCCUUAAAGUCACCAAAGGCCAUAAAGAAGAGGUGAGAUCUCUCUUUCUUAAGUUAUUUGAAUUUAUUUAUGGACAUCUGACGGCGCCUUCUGUGACUUUCCAGGAGGCUCGCCUCCAGCGGCUGGCUCAGGAUCUGACGACGUACUCGGCUCUCCUGAAACACGUCGACAAGGAGUACCCCGGCAAGUUCAUCGUGACUGAACUGAAAGCGACCCUUCCUCGGCUGAUCACAAAGGUCAAGCGAACGGUGAGUCCUCAGCUAAAAGUGCAGAGCUGUCCAUCUCAGUCAAUUCUGAUAAGGCCUCUUGGCAUUUCUGUCCCGCAGAUGAGAAAUGCUGACCGUGUUGUGGCUCUGACCGGCAGCCAGGAGCUGCAGCUGAUUAAGGAGCUCGAAAGCCUCGAUUCGUACCACAGGAAGAUGAUGGCGCACAGCAUCCUUAGCUCAAUCCAUGAUUUCCUAGUUGAGUGGAAAAGGGAGUUGACUAAAAGGCAGGUGCGAAAAACACAGAUUAGUAAUCUCAACGAGACGGAGGCAGACUAGCGUCUUUUAGGAAGGAACAGCUCAGGUACACUCCUGUUUUUCUCAGGAGUGUGAGUAAUCUACUGGAUCAAAUAAUGCAGCCCUCAGGGGCUAUAUAGUCGAACAUUUAUUCAGAGAAUAUUUAACAUAUUUAUAUUAAAUUAAACGCUGUAUUUAUUGGAGAAGCCAUAAUUAUUGAAUACAUUUUGUAUUUUAUUGUGACUUCUUGUUAAAUUCCUUUAUUUUUAGUUGACAGCAAUUUAUUUUUUUUUACAUUUAUGUAUUUAUGCGAACAGAAUUUCUGUGCAAGAAAUACUAUUUGAAUUCAUGUUGGAAUUUUUUUUUUAUAUGCA